AUGGAGAAAGACGCCAGCCCAAACCAAAUCAAACCAAAUCAGACACUAGAGGUGAGGGGGCUAAGCAGAAAACUAUGCAGCAAAACAAGGGGAGCCAUCAGAGCACAGCAGCAGGCCAAAACUCUAACCAACCGAGCCACCGCAGGACAGAGGUCCAGAACCCAAAUGAACCAAAACACCAUACUAGGAUUACCCGUCUGUCCUUCUUUGAACCACGUGGUUGAUUGGGUCUUGUGCCACGUGUCCACGGUCCCAAACUCACAAGACCAAGUAAAAUGGUUUUCCGUCUGGCAUCAAACGUUGAUACAUGAGUAUAUUCUACUGUCGUCUCUCCCUCUCUUCCGUAUUUCUAAGGCCUUGUUUGGUUGGGUUGCUCCUCCGCAGAAAACACCCACAAACCCAGAAGAAGAAGAAGAAAAAGAAGAUUCAAAGCCACAGGCUUUAGAUCCGCUCUGCAUCCAAUCAAUCAUGGCGACUCCUGACAUUCUUAACAGAGAAGACGGCCUUUUCCUCUCCUCUCCUCUCCUGGAACCUCGAAAUGGAGAGAGUGUCAAAUCUCGUGGCAUGUCAAUUGAGAAGAAGAUUGAGUUUCUUGAGAGCUUGGCUGGAACGGUAAGCAACCGACGGUCUCGAAGAUGGAUAAACGAUCGUCUUUUGAUGGAACUUGUUCCUCGUCUAAAUGCAGAAGAAAUUAGAGGCUUGUUUGCUCCACCACCUUGGGGUGAUGAUGUACCGCUGUCACCGUUUUGCAUGACUAAUGUACGAGAGUGGGACACAUUUAGGAAUAUAGACAUGGACAAACAGGCUAAUAUCAUUGGUUCCUCAAUAAGCCCCUGUGCAAAGAAUAAGGGUCCUGUUGAUGCUGAUAAAAUGGCUGUGUUAAAUGCAUGGCGAAGGAUUGAUUCUCGAACAAGACAGGCACUUCGUCGUAGUGUUGUUUCAGAGCUUAUUGAGUGCUAUGAGGAGCGCAUAAGGGCUUUUGUGAGAGAGACUGAAGAUGGAGAUGGUCUCAUCCUGCAGGUUCAAGAUCCUUUCCGUCGAUUGUUGCUCCAUGGUGUUUGUGAGUUCUACAACUUGGUGUCGGUGACGGUUACUGAAUCAGAGAAUGGGGAGGCAAUUAAGGUGACAAAGAUAACAAAGAAAAAGGGGCGUUCAAUUGAACUUCCAAAUAUCACUCUAUCCCAUUUCUUGAAGAUGUCCAAGCAAGGAAUGUGGCUUGGGCAAGGGGCAAAGAACAGGAUAUGUUCUGGCCCCACGAUCAUAGCAGAUGAUGUGACUCUCUUUGCUUCUGCUGUAUUCUGCUGCAUAAUCAAAUUUCAAUCUUCCAUGGCGAAGAAACCAGUGAAAUACUCCGUGGUGGAUGCCUUCACUGAAUCAGCUUUCAAGGGAAACCCAGCAGCGGUUUGCUUAUUAGAAGAAGAUAGAGACGACCAGUGGUUACAGGCCGUGGCCUCCGAGUUCAAUCUAUCCGUGACUUGUUAUCUGACUCGGGUCACCGAUUCUACGUCUACUUCAGCUCCUAGGUUUGGUCUCAGAUGGUUCACGCCUUCCAAUGAGGUUGAGCUUUGUGGUCAUGCAACAUUAGCGGCUGCAUACACUCUCUUUAAGUCUGGUUUAAUAAAUUCCAACUUUAUUGAGUUUGCUACAUUAUCUGGAAUCCUAACAGCUAAAAGGGUUCCACAUGUUAAGAAAGCCAAUGGUUCAAAUAAUAUUCAAAAUGGUGAAGCACAAAACUCCUAUUUCAUUGAACUGAAUUUUCCUGCCGCCCCAUCUUAUGAAUUCAACUCUAGUGAGGUUUCAUUGAUCUCUGAGGCCUUGGAUGGUGCUUCUAUGAUUGAUAUAAGGAAGACACAUGUCACCGACGAUCUGCUUGUUGUGCUUCCAUCAGCAAAAGCUGUUGUAGAUUUACAGCCAAAGUUUGAUGCAAUCCAAAAAUGUCCAGGGUCUAGGGGAGUGAUCGUAACAGGGAUUGCUCCUCCAGAGUCUGAAUAUGAUUUUUACAGUAGAUUCUUCUGCCCCAGAUAUGGGAUUGGUGAGGAUCCUGUUUGUGGGAGCGCACAUUGUGCCUUAGCAUCAUACUGGUGCAAAAAACUGGGAAAGUCUGAUGUUUUUGCAUAUGCGGCAUCCCGUCGAGGCGGAGCAGUAAGCGUGCAUCUAGAUGAGCAGAAUCAAAGGGUGCUGCUGCGAGGGAAAGCUGUUACUGUCAUGGAAGGAACUGUCUUAGUUUGA